AUGCAGACCGUGCGGGCACCCUUCCUGCCGCUGCGCCUGCUGCAGCUCAGCCGCGGCCGCGCUCGCGAGGCUCGGCGCAGUUGGGUCCGGCGCCGUCCAGGACGACUCCGGCGGCGGCUCGUCCUCACACCGAGCCCGGGCGCGGGCUGGCGAUCGAAUACUGCUGGAGGCGAUACCCGGAACAAGGCGCGCCCCAAGAAGAAACCCGGGCUGCAAAACAUUCUCGCGCGGAACAGAGAGAGGCAGGAGCAGGAAAAGGAGCGCGACGGCGCACAGGGCUUGGGUCUCUCCGCCUUCCUCCACGGCCUGUGA